AUUCAAAAAAGCUAACACAAGCAAAAAAAAUUAAAGGUUGUCUAGUUGUGUAAACAAAAAAAGAGAGAUAGAGAAAAAUGGCUAGCUUCACUGCCUCCGCUUCCACCGUCUCCGUCGCUCGUCCUGCUCUCCUUCUCAAGCCCACCGUCGCCGUCUCUGCUCCUGUUCUUGGUUUGCCUCCAAUGAGUAAGAGGAAGGGAGGAGUGAAGUGCUCGAUGGAGACCAAGCAAGGAAACGUGUCAGCCGUGGGAGCUGGAGUUUCUGCGGCGGCUACAGCAGCUUUGACGGCUGUGAUGAGCAGCCCGGCUAUGGCUUUGGUGGAUGACAGGAUGUCAACGGAGGGAACCGGCUUGCCCUUUGGUCUGAGCAACAACCUCUUGGGUUGGAUUCUUUUAGGAGUGUUUGGUUUGAUCUGGACUUUCUACUUCACCUACACUUCAUCUCUUGACGAGGAUGAAGAAUCUGGUCUUUCACUCUGAACAUGAAUUCUAGAUAUGUCCUUCAUCAGUGUU